AUGUCGGAACCGCCGUUGAUUAUUGAGUCACUGGAUGGAUGCGAGGAUUAUAUUGCGAAAUAUAUGGAAGGAAGUUAGUUGAAAUAAUUUGUUAAUUGACAUAAAACAUUGAAAUCGGGCCUGUACCGGAAAGAUGAAACCCGGAAAAUGUUUGAAGUCUUCAAAUUUUUAAUUUCAGCACCAAAUUGGUUGUGAAACUUAUUUUUUCCUGGAAUUUGUCCAUUUACAGAUGAUUUGUAACAGUUUGAGACGUUAUCAGUUCCUAAAAUGAAAUUUUUUUUUGAAACUUUAGAUUUUUUGUCAGACUCUGAAAAACUUCACCAAAAAUUGGGCGAUCUUGAAGAUAUUACCAUUAAUCACUCCGGGUUUUCCGGAAAAUUGAAUCUUCUCUGAAAACCCCGGAAAAUUUCCGGCACAGGCUUGAUUGAAAUCAACGAUUUUUAGGAGAUUUACGAUUCACCGACAAACGGCAAGUUCGACAAACGGAACAACAUAGAAAACGAUUGGAAAAAGUAUUGAAAACUCCCGAAGUUGACAAAAAAAAAGAAUUACGACAUCGAGUAAGCACAGAUUAUAUUUUUAAAUCUUCGAAAUGCAACAAUCAUUAUGUCAACAAUACACAUUUUUUCUAUGGAAAUGGAAGUCGAUUGGGACAUGAUUAUCGAGGCCCUUUAUAUGCUCUUGAUUUCCCGGAAAAUGUGAGUGAACCGUUUUUAAAGAGUUGGUGCUCUCCCGGUGAAAAAAAUCGUCUGCAAAAAGGCGUCACGGUGUUGUUUGACCAACCCUUUAAUUAUAUUUUUUAUAAUCAAAUAAAUUCCAAGUUUUUCAGACACAAUUGAAUCGGACGGAUUUCACUGAACAUCUUCAAACUCUUGCAACCAGACAAUCAAAUAUUGACAAAGAAUGGUUGAGAAUUGCUAGUAAUCGAUUGGAACCUCGAAAAACUGCCAGAAGUAAUUCAACACCUCCAAAUUUAAAGUUCACAAGUCCCGAAGUUCCUGCUAAAAAUGACCGAUUUGAAAUGGGUUUUGCAGCGUGGCAUAAACAGGUAUGUUUUUUGCUUUUCUUGAGAAUUUAUCAACAAAAACGAUUUUUCAGAAGUUCGCGAUUCGAAAUUUCGAUAAAAAUUUGGAUAGACCAACAAAUUUGGGAAGGCUUCUAGAACCGCAGUUCGAACGAUGUGUGAUUUUAGCGUUGUCAGGAUUAAUUGAAAAUAUUGAUUUACAAGUAAGUUUGAUUUGAAAAAACCAUGUUUUUUUCAAAAUGAAAUUUUAUUUAUUUUCAGAAACUUCGGCCCGGUUUCCAACCCAUUCAAUCAAUUUUAUUCACAACAUUCGACAAUUAUUUUUAUGCAGUUCUCCCGUCAAAAUUAGAUGAUGUUAGGCGAUUCAGCAAUUAUUGGUCGAAAAAAGUAAAAUAUUGGACAGAAAGACCGAAUGAUAGUCGAGAAAAAUGGCAAAGAAAAAGUGUAAUUUUGUUUUUGGAGCAAUUUGAAGAAGAUCAAACACAGUUCAGAAGAGCUCGACAUAUGUUCCAUUUAGAAAGUGAAAAAGAAGAUUGGUUCAUUGAAAUGGAUACCGGAGAGGUUGGUAAUGAGUUUUGUAAGAAAAGAAUAGAAAAAAAAAUAUAUUUUCCAGUUUCGAAGACUUGAAAAUGCCGGGCCCAAUAAUGUUAUGUCGUUACCAGGCCAUCAAUGCACAUUUCCGAAUAAUAUCAUUGAAUGUAGAUUCUCUGAUAUGGACAUGGUAAUUUUUAUUCAUUUUUUUCUCCCAUAAAAGUUCCGUAUUUUCAGUCACAAUUCAAAAUUGCGCAAGAAAUCGAUAAAAUUCGCAAAAAUGGAGUGAUGAAUAUUGUUGGAUUUGAUAAAAUGGAAAGACGAUAUGUGCCAAGUAUUCAAUAUAAAUCCGAUAUUCGAACAGCUAUUGUAAGUUUUUUAUAUGAAACAUUUUGAAAGCGAAACCCAUAUUUAGAUUGAACCAAUCAAAUCCCCGCCACGUCCACUCAUGACUACUGUAUUUUGUGACAAUUUGAGUUGUAUGGGAUGUAACACUUGGAGCACAUUUCAAAAACCAUCAACUUUAGGAUGA